GAAGACGUAAUGUAGUGAAUCUUUCUGUUCUUGCAAUGCGCAUCAUUUUGUCAUUAUCUGACAAAUUCCACAGCCUGGAAUAGCAAUGAAGGUGAACACUCGGGCAAAUGAAUACUCAUCAGGGGUAAAUGAACACUCAUCAGGGGCAGAUGAACUCUCAGGGGCAGAUCAGCAGGCGGGCGCGUCCUCCAUGUGGGCCUCCUGUUGUGGGUUACUGAACGAGGUGAUGGGCACUGGGACCAUGCGGCCGCCGGGCGGGCAGACCGGGUUUGGACCGGGCGCCAGGCCCUUCCGCUUCGCCCCGAGCGCCGGCUACUCCACCUACCCCCCGGCCACGCCCUCCUCCAGCGGCUCCGCCCACAACAACGCCAGCGUCAGCGCCGGACUCGCCUGCAAAGCCUGCGGACUCGCCUUCUCCGUCUUCAGAAGGAAGUACGUGUGUUCGGACUGCCGAAAGAGCUACUGCUCGCUGUGCUCGGUCCUUCAGGAGAACCUGCGUCGCUGUGCCACCUGCCACCUGCUGUGGGGCACGGCCUUCCAGCGGCCGCGGCUCAUGCGCCUGCGGGUCAAGGACCUGCGCCAGUACCUGAUGCUCCGCAACAUCCCCACCGACACCUGCCGCGAGAAGGAGGACCUGGUGGAGCUGGUGAUGUGCACGCUGGGGCCGCGGCCGCCACGCAUCGGGGAGGAGGUGGUGCAAGAAGAGGUGGAGGAGGAGGAGGAGGAGGCGCGAGAGGAGGAGGCGCGAGAGGAGGCGGUGGUGGUGGGGGAGGAGGAGAGGCCGGGAGUGGUCCUGAGCCCCCCACAGGGAUCAGCCCCUCGGUCAGUCUCAGAACACUCAGAGCUGUCAAUCACCACCUCACAAGACGACACACUCAGCUCCAGCUCAGGCACCAGCAGUCAGGACCAAGCUGAUGCUGCCUCUCUCGCCACAUUGAACCUGGAAGACAGUAGCAGUAUACAGGAGGCCAGCCCAGGUACUCAGCGUCGUGCGCGAGCCUCUCUCUCGGACAUCUCCACAGAGGACGCCAUCGAGAGCCUCACGGUGCGGCAGCUGAAGGAGAUCUUGGCACGGAACUUUGUCAACUUCUCUGGCUGCUGCGAGAAAUGGGAGUUGGUGGAACGAGUGCACCGACUGUACCGGGACAAUGAGCAGAACCGCAGAUCCAUGGAGAAUGUGAACAGUGACAUUACAGCAGUAACAACGUACCCCCCUCCCAUCUGCCUUGGAGAGCUCGGAGGUAAGGAUGUCACACAGUCACGGGAGCCAUAA